UAUGCUGACGAUCCGUUGUCACGAUACCAGUUUAAAUUGUGCAGACAUGUCGACUGCACGUAACAGAUAACAUAAAUUGGCGCGAAAUAUUUUAAGGUUAAAUUUAAAAUCGAGGUUAUAUUCCGAUAUCUUUGGUGGUUUUAUAUAUAUAUAUUUUUAAAUAGUUUAUUCACUUGGCUAAAACGUUAAUCGUGGUGAAAAUUGUCAUUGGUGUGUUAAAUAUAUGUUAAACAAUAUUGCAAAAGAUUUUUAAAUAAUGCGGCGUCUUUUGAGUAAGAUGUGAAAUUAGUCAACCUGCGAGCGCUAUGUGAAGAUAUCACCAUGCUGUUGAAUAUCUGCAAAUCAUGCCAGUACUGUCUGGAAAGUAUGUACUGGUCUUGUUGUGAGGAGAGAUUUUGCUUCGAUAAGAAAAUCGCUACUUAUAAUUUGGAAGAUGAUAAAACUUACGCGAACGGCUACUCGAAUAUGGGUGCAAGUCUCGACAGUGUGGUCACACAACAACCGAUGAACAAUAACCACUUGCCUCAGGGAGCGAUCGUUGGUAGAGAGGUCAAUGAACUUCCCCUACACGCCGAUAAGCUUUACGAGGUUUUCUCUAAAUCCUUGAUAUUUAGAGAUGAACAUGAAUUAAAGAAAGGUAGCACGAAUUCGUUAGACGAAUUAGAAACGAAGUCUGAACCAGAUUAUUUAUCAGACAAACCAAACAGAACUAAAGUUUACUUCGAAGACGAAGUCGACUCCCCAGUAACUGAUUUUGAAAUAAUGUUCAAAGACGAACUUCUUAUGAAUCACGACAUAUUCAAAAUCGAGGAAGAAGAAGAAGACAAUAAAUCUCAAGAUACUGAAGAAGGAUUAGUUAUGAAUGUAGCUGUCAAGAAGCAAGAUGUAAUAAAACCGAGUACAGUAACAAUUAAAGAUGAACAUAAGAUAACAACACAGCAUCCUAUAUACGAGUAUGACCCUAUUUCAGCGUUACUUACGCCUACUUCACUUACAUUACCAAGAGUCGAAAGUGUUAAGGGAAUUCUUCGAACAAAUAGCUCGAAAACGUUAGAUAGAAUGGAUAGUGGAGGUAAACUUACAAAACCAAAUCUUAACAGAGUUGAAAGUCUUAAAAAUAUAGAUCCGAAUAAAAUUAACAAAGUCCUAGCAAGGGUUCCGCAUAGAAGUGCAUCGUUCUUAAACAUACCGGCUCACCUAGUUCCUGAUAAGCCUCCACUAACCAAAAGUAAAUCAACUGUUGGAGUGCCAUCCUUAGCAGAUAGCGAACUUAAAUUGAGUUCGCUUCCAGACACGCCAAUUAUUAAAAGUAAUAAUUUACCAAGAUUCUUUGCCGAUAGUCCUUCUUUAACCGAAUAUAAGGGUGAAACGAGCUUGCAAAGUAUCAAACAAAAGUCGGCGUUAAUGUUGCAAAUGAACGACUUCAGCAUGCCAAGAUAUUACGGCGCUGUAACGAAAUCUUCAGAUCAAAACCCAGUGCAUGAAAGCAAAUCUAUGCCCGACUUAAGAAAUCCUACUUCAACGGGCAAAGUUAGUAAACGCCUUGUUAAAUUUAGGAGCAGGUUAAAGCCAUUAGUCAUAAGAAAAAGUUCAGAAGAAAGACUUUAGAAGGUUUAAGUGAUGGAAAUAAUUUAGUUAGAAAAGGCGACCAAUGAUAGAUUUUAAGAAAAUAGGUAUGUACUUUUAAAUACGACGUUUUGUUAGCAAAGACUUCUCGCGUAUGAUGUAACUCGACUGAGAUGAAUUAUAAAAAUAAACAUUAACGGACUAUAUUAAAGAAUCAAAAUAGAAUGACAAAAAACUUGACAUUUACGAAAAAAAUAUUUAUCAAUAAAAUGUUUCGUAUUUAAAGUACAAUCUGUAUAUUAUUCAAAUAUAUAUUUAUUUAAUUGUUUUUUGCAUAAUAAACUACGAACGUGAUCCUUCUUAUUGUGUUGAAUAUUAGCAAUUGCAACAUAUAAAAAAUUCAGUAUUCUUUUGCUCAAACGAUGUACCUAAAUAUUGUGAUUGUAAUCAAAUAAAUGUACUUAAUAACUGAACAAUAAUUAAUAUCUAGUCACAAAUUAAUAUUAACUUAAAUAUAAGGUGACUAUUUACUUUGUAUAAAGUUAACUAAUACUUAUAAAUCUUUGAAACCAGUGACUAUUUCGGUGUAAAUAUUUCAAUGUAUUGUGAUAUUCUAAAUAUGUACAUCGAUCUGUUUUUCAAUGAUCAUAAGUAGGACAUUAAUAUUAUGAUUGUAUGAAUU